GAACGAGAGAUCUCGGCUAGAAUUGUACUGAAUUCAAUAGAUUGCGAUUGGGAUUGCGCGCCCGCCGGCAAGUUCUUACGUAGUACAUAGAGGAGUUCUUGUUGCCACAGUAGGCGGGAGGUAGAACAUCAAGUAGGGAUAGAUAAAGCAGGACGAGCCGAGGAGUCAAGACGCUUUGUGGGUAGCUAAGUACGUCGCUAUUUUCACAGCACAAAAAAUGAAAAUCGUCAUGACGGAACGGUGCCAAAGCUCGGGUGCGACGUCAGCCCCGUCUCGCACUCAUUCCCAGUUCUUUCGCAGGAGAGCGUGGCGGGUUCGAAGAGGACUCUGUACCACGACCGCCACUACAACCUGCUUCCUCCUCGCCGGCAAUAAAGUUUUUGCUGGUUCCUACAUGCGACAAGAGCAUCUUUCCAGCAUCUCAGCCGACGAUGAGCUCCUACACGGGAACAAAGGGCAACAAGGAUCCGCACCAUCAGAACAUAAGCGAGUCAACGCAACAUCCUCCGCCUCCAGUCUGAUAGCGGAACAGGCUGGCACUGGGGAGAAAAAGAAGAAGGCGACAUGGUACGUGUACGCGGAUUACGAAACAACCUAUGCGGACUCGGAAGCGUAUGGAGCUCUCAAAUGUUACAUUCUCAAGUGUUACAUGAAUUUGUGAUGCAAGAGCGGCAAAAUUGAGAAGGGGAAGAUUGCGGUUUUUGCAUUACAGGUCUGGCGUAGAUUCUAAUGCUAUUUAGCGAGUCGCGAACCUGUCAUGCGAAGCAGCUUGAUCAUGUAGAUACUCAUGUCAAAUUUGCACGACAAAUCCAUGUAACAGUUGAGAGUGUAACGUUUGAGAAGCCCAUAAAGCGGCCCUGGAUCCGGAUUUCGGGCGGAACGCCCUCUUGGACCCGGCGUUUCUGGCGACGUUACAGGAGGAGUUGCGAUAUGGAUUGGAAAUAUGUCUGGGUCUGGCAGAGUCGAACUUGUAAUGCUGUCUGCGGAUUCUAGAAAUAUCUGUGUUGCAUGAGCAGCAAGAGGAGUCAGUUCUUGGCACGCGUAAUUAGGGCAUUUUUGGAGGGCAUUUAUCAUGCGUAAUUAGCAUCAAGAACAAGAAGUUCUCGAAAAAUCAGUGAUGCUAGCACCAGCAUGACAGACCUCACGGGUCAUGCAAAAUGUGCAUAGCAAGCCCCGACUCUUCCAGACCCAGACAUUUUUUCACAGGAUAUGCGGAAGGAAACGGGGAAAACAACCAUCACCGUGCCGGAAAGUAGAAUAAGAUGUUGUUUUUUCUUUUUGUAUUGCGGUGCUUGCACGACCAUGAGAACCUGAACUGGUAUUGCUGCGACACGCAUCACAGUCUGUAUGUAUAUAAAAACAUGAAGAUCAACCCGGUGGCGUUGAGCCGAUGACGGAGCUAAAGCCGCCGCCCACCCCGCAAAUCAAGGUUUUCACGGCGGGGUUUGUGCUAGUCUGCAUGUUUGUAUGAGAGUGCACAACUCCCCCUCCCCCUCAUUUGUGUUGCAUGAACAGCAACACAAGUGCGGGCAAAGAUGCAGCUUUUGCAUGACAAAUUCCUAGAGGACUGUAGUGCUGGUUCGACUUCCGGAAUCUCUCAUGCAUACAGUGCCACAGGGAAGCACUCGGAUUUAGGCUUUUGCAUUACAACAAAUAAGGGGGAGGGGGAGUUGUGCACUCUCAUAGUUUGCGGGGUUGCAGAUUUUGCAGUUCGUUGUGCUGUAUCACAUGUACCAGGAGCGGAAGCUGAAGGAAAUGGAGGAAGCGGACAUGCUGUCUGACAGCGACAGUGACGACGACGAUGACGACGAUGAGUCGGAUUAAUGGGUCGACGAAGUACAGGUAGCUGUGUGAAAGUGAACAGCGCAAUUCAUAUAAAAAUUAAAUGUAGAAUUGAGGACUAUUUUUCGUGGUUUUGUUUCGAGUUUUUUUUUCAAAAAGUCGCGGAAGGAAUGACGAUAUUGAUGAUUCGCUUGAUGUCGAUGAAUCGUUCAUGUUGUGUGUUUGUUGGAAGAAGGUUGAUGGUGCGCCGUAAGGGUUUUUUUGCGGUCAACCACCUUACGUCUUCAAAGACUCGCAAGUCGUAACUCACAGGAACAGUAUAUGAUACAAGAUUCGCGAAAAGAAAAAUCGCAAGCGU